ACACUUCCUGUCUCUAUCCCUACGCCAUUAAUUAAUUAAUUAAUUAAUUUUUAAUUAGCAAAAUAUAUUGGUUGAUCAUCUACUACUAAUCUUACAUGGAAUCCACAUGUAACUUUGGUCUAAUCUUACACGCCAACAAUUCUUUUCUUUAUUAUUUUCGACAGACUUAAACUUUAAUUCUUCUUCAAAAAUUUAUGCUCAUGAUUAAUUCAGUUGCUGUUGUUUUCUAGAGCUGAUUAAUGGCGGAAUUGGUAGGUCCUCGAUUGUAUAGCUGUUGUAAUUGUCGGAACCUUGUAUCUCUUCAUGAUGAUGUUAUUUCUAAGACUUUUCAGGGAAGACAUGGCCGAGCGUUUUUGUUCUCCCACGCGAUGAAUAUUGUUAUAGGAGCUAAAGAAGAUCGGAAUCUUCUCACUGGUCUACAUACCGUUGCUGAUGUUUACUGCAGUGAUUGCGGUCAAGUGCUGGGUUGGAAAUACGAGCGAGCUUAUGAGGCGUCUCAGAAGUACAAAGAAGGGAAAUUCAUACUUGAGAAAUCAAAGAUUGUGAAGGAGAAUUGGUAACACAUUGUUCAUUUUAAUGCAUAUAAUUUUGUACAGAAAAUUCCUGCAACUGUAUUUGUUAUUGUCACACAUUGUUCAUUUAUGCCAUGUCCUAUAUUCUUAGUUA